AUGGCACCUCAUACAAAGGUGGCCAUUGUUGGCUCUGGACCUGCCGGCCAUACCGCUGCCAUUUAUCUUUCUCGUGCAGAACUCAAACCUGUCAUGUAUGAGGGAAUGUUGGCUGGGGGCACAGCCGCCGGCGGGCAACUUACGACCACGACGGAAGUCGAGAAUUACCCCGGUUUCUCCAAGGCUAUUGGUGGUGCCGAGUUGAUGGAUGAGAUGCGAGCGCAAUCCCUGCGGUUUGGAACAGAGAUCAUCACCGAGACCAUAACGAAGGUGGACCUGAAGUCGAAACCGUUCCGACUAUGGAGAGAAUAUGAAGACGGGGAUGCCGAUGAACCCGCACACACAGCGGACGCAGUUAUCAUCGCGACAGGCGCCAACGCCAGGAGGCUGGAUCUGCCUGGAGAGGAGAAAUACUGGCAGAACGGCAUAUCUGCAUGCGCCGUGUGUGACGGUGCGGUGCCGAUCUUCAGGAACAAACCGCUCGUUGUUAUUGGCGGUGGAGAUUCCGCGGCAGAGGAGGCAAUGUUUUUGACCAAAUACGGCUCGCACGUUACGGUUCUUGUCCGAAAAGACAAACUGAGGGCAUCGAAGACCAUGGCCAAGCGCCUCCUUACGCACCCCAAGGUGACAGUGAAAUUCAACCAUGUGGCUGUGGAGGUACAAGGCGAGAACAAACCCAGAGGCCUGAUGACUCACCUGAAAGUCAAGAACGUGGUCACAAGUGAAGAGGAGGUGCUUGAGGCCAAUGGCCUGUUUUAUGCAGUCGGACAUGACCCAGCUACUGCGUUGGUCAAGGGUCAAGUUGACACCGACGAGGAUGGCUACAUCAUCACCAAACCGGGCACAAGCUACACCAGCGUUCCCGGAGUCUUUGCUGCUGGCGAUGUCCAGGACAAACGAUACCGACAAGCGAUCACAAGUGCAGGCAGUGGUUGUAUGGCGGCGUUGGAGGCCGAAAAAUACCUGGCCGACCUCGAAGAUGACGAGCCCAAUAUCGAGAAAGAGACCCAGGCGAAGAAACCCAAUGUCAAUGGUGAGGCGGCACCGGAGUAUCGGUCAAACCCACUUUUGUAA